UCUCCAACUGUAAAAGGUCUCUGGUGUGUUUGUCUCACGGCAACUCUCACUGCUUCUUCUUCCUUCUGUAGCUCUCUUCUUCUCCUUCUCUCUAUCUUUGUCUCUCUCCGAGGAAUUCGAUUAUUUCUGAUUGACCGAUCGAAGUUUGACGCAUUCCGAUCCCACCAUUGCAGGAAACCAUGGGUUCUCCGCCGCCAUGUCUCACAUGAGCUCACUCCCCACCCAUGCCCGAUCCGAAUCGCCGUCAUUGUCUCGAGAGUUCACAUCCACCAUGGCAUUCUCCGAAAGUUUUGGCGUCUUCGGGUUCGUUUUGUAGCAUCGGCAUAUCAGCUUUCGUUAUUGACGACGGUGGCUUUAAUAAUCGUAGCUUUCGAUGUGGUUGGAAAUGAAUGGACAUUUUCGUUAUACCCGUUGCUCAUUAGAGAGGGUUUGAAGCAGCCGCUGGUUGCCCGAGUCCGGCAAUGGACACAUACUCCUCUGGUGAAGAACUUGCUAUUAAGACAAGAAAACCAUAUACAAUUACGAAGCAACGAGAGCGAUGGACAGAGGAGGAGCAUAAUAGGUUUCUAGAAGCCUUGAAGCUUUAUGGCCGAGCUUGGCAGCGGAUAGAAGAACAUAUAGGAACAAAGACUGCUGUGCAGAUCAGGAGUCAUGCACAGAAAUUCUUUUCAAAGUUGGAGAAGGAGGCGGUCAUUAAAGGUGUUCCAAUAGGGCAAGCUCUUGAAAUAGACAUUCCGCCACCACGCCCUAAAAGGAGACCAACUAAUCCUUAUCCUCGAAAAACAAGCAUUGGUGCUCCCACAUCACAGAAACCUAUUGGAGAUGAGAAACGAAAAAGUGCAAAAGAUGAUCAGGAUGACUCUUGCUCAGAGGUCUUUACCCUUCUCCAGGAAGCGCAUCAUUCCUCUGUUUCUUCACCUAGCAAAAGUUCCAAACCAGCUCCUGCUCCAGUCAGAAAUUCAUCCACGUUAAGGGAGUUUAUCCCUUCAAUUAAAGGUUCAAUAACUCAGGAUGAAGCAAAUGAAUCCUAUGUCACGAGUGAACAUAAAGGAAAUCAGAAGUCAGAGAAAGCUGAUGCCAAACUAACAAUUCAGGGUACUUGCACUAAUAAAGGCUCAAAGUCGGAGAAUUCUAAUGUUCCACAUGAGAAAUCGGUUCAAGGUGAAAAAACAGAUGAUUUGAAUUGUGCAAUGCCUAUGGAUGAGAAGCUAGCCACUCAAAAUUACCCACGGCAUGUCCCUGUGCAGGUUGUAGAUGGGAGCCUAGGAACUUGUACUCAAACUCCUUCCUCAGACAUGUCAUUCCAAGAUUCCAUAUUUCACCCAAUGGGAGAGGUUCAUGGACACCCUAACCUGUUCACAAAUCCAGCUGCAUCUGCAACUGCUCAAAGUCAAACUAACAUUCCCAGAUCUUCUGCUGAUCAAUCAAUUCCAGCUUUCCCUCCUCCCACCUCAACUUUCCAUAACCAAGAUGACUACCAAUCAUUUCACAUUUCCUCCACCUUGUCACGUCUUAUUGUAUCUGCUUUGUAUCAAAAUCCGGCAGCCCAUGCUGCAGCGAGUUUUGCUGCAACAUUUUGGCCCCAUGCAAAUGUUGAGAAUUCUGCAGAUUCUCCAGCAGGGAUCCGAGGAAGUUUUUUGAGGCAAAUGGGUUCUACUCCAAGUAUGGCAGCUAUUGCUGCUGCUACUGUAGCGGCUGCAACUGCAUGGUGGGCAGCCCAUGGUCUGCUUCCCAUAUGUGCCCCUCUUCAUGCUCCUUAUACCUGCACUCAUGCAUCCACCCUUGCAGUUCCACCUACAGAUGGUCAAGCCCCAGCAGCCAAGACAGACAGAGAAGAGAGUACUCUUCAAAAUCAUCCCUUGCAACAGCUGGAGCAAGACUAUUCAGAAAUUGGACAGGUUCAACAUUCAGCUUCAAAAUCACCAACUCUGUCAUCGUCGGAUUCUGAGGAGAGUGGAGGUGUAAAGCUAAACACUGGGUCAAAAGCUGCUGAUCAACAGAAGGCUAUAUCAGCCACUGAGCUCCACGAUUCAAACAAAGCAAAAGGCAGAAAACUGGUUGACCGUUCCUCAUGUGGUUCCAACACAACUUCUAGCAGCGAAGUAGAGACUGAUGCAUUGGAGAAGCAUGAGAAAGGAAUGCUUGAGACGAAUGAGAAAGGAAAGGAGGAGCCAGAAGAACCUGAUGCAAACCAUCUAGCUUCUGAGAGCAGUAAUCGUCGCUGUAGAAGUGCCUGCAACAUGAGUGAUUCCUGGAAGUCAGUCUCUGAAGGGGGACGGCUGGCCUUUCAAGCUCUCUUCUCUAGAGAGGUGUUACCACAAAGCUUUUUACCUCCAAAUGAUGUGAAGAACAAGGGGCAUCUAAAAGACACUAUCCAACAAGAGAAGCAAACUGCAGAUGAGAAAGAUGGAAAUGAAUCACUGUUGGACCUCAUCAGUGAAACAUGCGGUUCUUGUUCUAGCCAUCAAGGAGGCAACAACAAUGGAGAGGAUGGGCUGUUGACAAUAGGGCUUGGACAUGGAAAACUCAAGGCUCGACGAACGGUGUUUAAGCCGUACAAAAGAUGUUUAGUAGAGGCUAAUGAAAAUAAGGUGAUAAAUGCCAGCAGCCAGGGGGAAGAAAAAGGUCCCAAGCGAAUACGCUUGGAAGGGGCUACUAGAACUUGAGCUUUGAUAAACACUAUGCAAUUAAAGGAAACCUUUGUUGCAUGAGAUUUCUGAUUUUCCCCUUGUGUAUAUUUUAGUCUUUAAUUCAAGUCCACUCAUGAAACUUGUCGUGUAGGCGUAUGUACCAUAUUACAUUUGGUCAUAGACUAUCUUGAAACUUGUCAUGCAAACUGCACUUGAAGACUCGAAGUUAAAUAGAUUAGAGAAGAAUCUUUUUAAGUAGUGAAUAGGCCUUCAUUCGGCCACUUCUCCC